UCGGACGGACGGAGCAGGCUGUCGGGAUUAAUUGAGGAAACUCUCGCCCGCAGGGUUUUCGCCUCGCUGAAAGGCCACCGUGAUUUUUCCAGUUUUGGGAAACGUUGAGCCGAGCAGACCGAGACAUCGAGGAAGGACAACAAGCAACAAGUGUGGAGUUUUUUAAUGUGACAGCUGCCGGACGGACAUCAGUGAGCAGGAGGAUGGCUGACCGGCCCGCUCACGCAUCCUGACCACCUCCGCUGUGUGAACGUUCACGAUGACUUGGAGGAGACUCGACCGGUGGAGCCCCUGCUGACACCUCCGGCCCCCCAGACAUCCGCCCCGGCAGCCUUUUUCUGGCUUUGGUGUACGCUUUUUCUGCUGUGCCCCCCCCCCCCCGGCCCUGUUGAAGCCGUCGCCAUGGCCAGCCUGGUGCUCAACGAGACCGGAAUGGAAGACUGCGGCAUCGACGACUCCUUCAAGUACAACUUGUACUCUGUGGUGUACAGCGUGGUCUUUGUUUUAGGCUUGAUCACCAACUGCGCCGCUCUCUUUGUGUUCUGCUUCCGGAUGAAGAUGAGCAACGAAACCACAAUGUUUAUGACUAAUUUAGCGCUGUCCGACUUGGUCUUUGUCUUCACGCUGCCGUUCAAGGUCUUCUACAAUGUUAACCGCAACUGGCCCUUUGGUGAUGGACUGUGUAAGGUGUCCGGGACUGCAUUCAUCACCAACAUUUACGGCAGCAUGCUCUUCCUCACCUGCAUCAGCGUGGACCGCUUCCUGGCGAUAGUCUACCCUUUCCGCUCCCGCUCCAUCCGCACGCGCAGGAACGCGGCGCUGGUGUGUGCCGCCGUGUGGCUGACCAUCGUAGGGGGAGGAAUAUCGGUGACCUUCUUCUCCACAAUCAACAGCAAACGCAGCGUCACUUCAUGCUUCGAGGGCUUCUCCAAAAGCACCUGGAGGACUUACCUGUCCAAAAUCACCAUCUUCAUUGAGAUUGUGGGCUUCCUUCUCCCCCUCCUGGCCAACUUGGUGUGCUCCUCGCUUGUUCUGCGGACGCUCCGGCGUCCGAUGACUGUUGGUCACGGCUGUAACAGCAAGAAACGUGUCCUGCGGAUGAUUUUGGUCCAUCUGGGCAUCUUCAUCAUCUGCUUCGUCCCCUAUAACUCCAUCCUCUUCCUUUAUGCCCUGGUGCGGACCCAGGCCCUGGCUAACUGCUCUGUGGAGCGCUUUGCCCGAACUCUUUACCCCAUCACUCUGUGCCUGGCCUGCCUCAACUGCUGCCUGGACCCUGUGGUCUACUACUUCACCUCAGAGAGCUUCCAGAAGAGUUUGACCAUGGGGGGCAAAGGGUCAGGCUCUCGGCCCGAAAGUUUGCCCCGCAGCGACACUGAGACCCUGGAUGUGGCAAACACUCUCCCCAAGGACACUCACAACCCGGCCAGCAACGGGAAGGAGUCAAAGACGUCUGAGAGUCAGCUCUGAAGACGGAAAGGUGUAAAAAAGGACAGUGUUGGUGCAACGCGAGCCCUGAAUUAAAAUUAAAAAAAUGUAAUCCGCUGUUUGUUUCUGGAAGUGACAAACACAUAACUCAGCAGAUUAGUUAAGUCCUGAGGUAAACCCUGAGGUAUGGCCCGGGCUUUACGGAUUAAUCCACCACUGGAGAACAGAGGAAUGUAUCUGUAUGUGUUUAUUAUGAGAGAACACUACGGGGAUCAGAGACCCAGCCACACCAGGACUAUUGUCCAGAGGCAUGCGGAGCCUCUAAAAGAGACUGCAGCACAUCAUCACUCAGGCUUAACACACAAACGCUCAGAAAUGCACUGGUUCAUUGUUAGGAUGGCUAUUUCUAUCUGCAUUUUUGGUACUGCAAAGUACUUUUGUAACACGCUGAGCCCUUGAGUUUAUUGUUAUAGUGUUCAAGCUGUCACAGCACAUUAUAUCAUAUUAGACCGUAAUGCUAUGUCACUUGUUAGAGCGUUGCGACCCGCCACUGUAAUAACAUAGGAGUAAAAUGUGUCUCAUGUUGACGUUCGAGGCCAUUAAAUGUCUUUUUUGA